AUGGGACCAAAAGCGUCUGCAUUUUGUAUGGUCAUGUCGGUUUGGGGCAUAAUAUUCCUUGGUCUGCUAGGAGUCUUCUUCUACUUACAAGCUGUGACUCUAUUCUCUGAUCUUCAUUUCUCCGAAGAAGCGAAAGAAGGUGGUCACAUGGCUCCAACGGUUGAGUGAGU